AUGGCUACAAACCCUAAAUCUUCAGCCACCAUUUUCCUUGCCCUAAACCUUCUUUUCUUUGCUCUCAUCACUGAAACCCAUCAAACUUGUCACACUUGUCCUGGGACCCCCAAAACCCCGCCUCCUAGCCCCGGCGGUGGCAACGGAGGCGGUGGAAACCCUAAAACCCCGCCUCCUAGCCCCGGUGGUGGCAACGGAGGCGGUGGUAGCCCCAAAACCCCGCCUCCUAGCCCCGGUGGUGGUGGUGGAGGAGGAGCGGGACGUUGUCCACGAGAUGCUUUAAAAUUGGGUGUGUGUGCAAAUUUACUCGGACUGGUGGGAGUGGUGGUUGGAAGUCCACCGACGCUGCCAUGCUGCAGCCUUCUCGCCGGGCUGGCGGAUCUGGAGGCGGCGGUGUGCCUCUGCACGGCCAUACGAGCCAACGUUUUAGGAAUAAACCUUAACGUGCCGCUCACUCUCAGCCUGGUCCUCAACGACUGUGGCCACAAGGUUCCAAAUGGCUUCACCUGUUAA